GUUGUAUUGUGUAAAAUGUUAUCAUAUAAUUGAUUUAAUAGGUAUUUUUUAAUUUGAAGCGUGAUGCAGGUAACACCAAUUUGGGGGUGAAGACUAAAAGCGACAAUAAAUCUUAAGUGUGAGAUUUAAUCUUCAUUAAACAAAGUCACAAUGGAUGGAAGGCCGCCCACUUCUGCUGGCAAUCGUCCAGGUUCAGGGUUAAGGCCUAUGUCAUCAAUUCGAAACCCAAACAGCCUGGCCCUACCGAGCCGAUCCGGUAUACCAGGAACAGCAAGCAGAUUAAUUACAGCAUCUAACAACAGACCUGGAACUCGAAGUGGAUUACCUCAAGGUGUUAGUGUUUUGUCUCACAUAAAUGUUGUUGAUCGUCCUAUGUCACAGCAAGGACUCGUUACACCUCGAACAGGGAUACGUGCUCCUCACCGACAAGUGCAAGAUAAAACAUAUUUCUUAGGCCUGCUUCGUACCAAAGCAAAUGAAUUGACUGCUGAAAUUGCAAGGAUCACCAAAGAAGCAGAUUUGCUGACUAAAGAACAGUCAACUUAUCUCACCUAUGAAAAGCAAGCUGAAGCCCAAGCAUUAGAAUUAAAGGGUUUGCAAGGACAGUUGGCAGAUUACAAUUUGCUUGUUGAUAAAAUUAAUACUGAUACAGAGAUGUCUGAUGUGCAACAAGAAUAUCGAGAUUUAAAGCUCCAGAAUGAAGCUGAAGCUGAAUCCAUUGACGGCCUGUUUGAACAACGACAAGAAAGAGAAGCCCAGCUGGCUCAAAUAGAGGGUGAAAUCACUCAAGAGAGAUAUGUGGCUGAGAACCUAACUUCUACCAUGUCUCCAGAACUGAGAGUGAAGUACACAGAGUUGAAGAAGACUGACAAUGAGCUCCAGAGAGCUUUGGAAAAACUUCAGCAUGAUUUGGAUUUAUUGACAACUCAAAAAAUGUCUCUUGAAGAGGAGCUGUCUAUGUCACAGAUAAAACAAGAAGCAUCCAACUUGUAUAACAAAUUGAGAGAAGUCAAAGAAAAGCGAGACGCCCUGCUGUUAGAAGAAAAAAACAAAUCCACUCCGGCACAGGAGAAAGAAAGUCUUGUUCAACAAGUUAAAGAGCAUAAUACUGAAAUCACGAGCAUUGAACGGCAAGUUUCUGAAGUUAAAGAACAGAUUGUUCGAAUCACCAAUGAAUUGGAACAGCUUGAUCAAGAGUUGGAAGAAAAUCAAGGAGAAAAAGUUAAUAAAUAUCGGGAACUAAAGAAACGAGAGGAAACGAUGGACAUUUUCUUAUCUAGUUUUGAUGACACUCAUAGUGAUGCACAAGAGAAGAAAAAUCAACUUGAAAGCACUACAGUAUCCCUUCUGGAAAAGCUCAGUAGAAAUCUAAGCCAUUUUCAUCAUAUACCCACACCUCAAGAGUUGGCUCUUCUAAAAGAUGAUUUGCAAUUUAAAGAAGGUGAAAUGGAAAAAUCUAGGAUGACUGUAAUGACACUCAGUAAUGAGCAAAAAAAACUUGCUAUGGAUUUAACUAAGAUAGAGCAACUUGAAGCAAAAAUACAACAAGAAUUGGAAACUCUUCAACAAAAAAUAACAACUAUGGAAAAAGAGAUGACGAUAUAUUCUGAUCUGGAUACUUUAAGAACUGCUGCAGAAGAAAAGAAAAAUAAACUUAUUGAAGAAGAGAAGAUUUUGAGAAAGCAAAGAGAUGCAACUAAACAGGUUAUUGGGGAGCUGUCCACACACUUUGAAACCCAAAAGAAUAAAUUGAACGAUAAUGAAACCUACACUCAAUUGUGCAAUUUGGAAAGACGAUGGCAACAUUUGGAGCAGAACAAUUUUGCAAUGCAAGAAUUCAUUGCUUCAAAGAAAGCUCAGACAGAUUACUCAAAAAGUAAGCAAUGUGUGAAGGAAACUUUGGCCAUUUUGAAUGAAAUGCUUCAGGAACCUCUUUUGCAAAGAUAGUUUAUUUUCUGAAUAAGAAAAAUAUAUGUCAAGG